UUCAAAUUAGUUCUAACCCAACCUAAGAUAAUCCAUCAUUUUAACUUUUAAUCUCACUUUUGGAAAGUUAUAAGUUUUACUUUUAACUGUUUUCCAAGGGUUUUAAUCAAAAUUUCUCCUUUGUGAGUGCAAAAAGAAAUACAGAAAUGCAAUAACAAAGGACACGCUAACAUCAAAAUGUUGUUCAACUUACUUAAUGUUACCCAAGAACCCUUCUUUCCUCUUGUUUCGAAAGGAGAGUUUCGAAAAAAAAAUUAUUCUUUUCACCCCAAAACUUCUGUUCUUGUUAGUUGCCACAGUGAUUUAGACUUGAAAGCUCCCAUCUUUUCAUGUCUACGCUGACACUGAUAGUUGAUAUGUAUCACCGGGCUUGAUCAUGUCCUCUUUUGACCCCUCUGUUUCUUUCACCCUUUCUGCUUCAUCAUCAUCAUCAUCAUCAUCAUCGUCUUCUUCUUCUUCCUCUUCAAGCUCUCUGUUGAGUAAUAUUACAACCCAGGCUCCUCCUCACUCAGCUGCAGCUUUAUAAAAUAUUAAAAAACUAGAGAAAGAGGUGGUGAUGGGGUCUCGAGUUGGUCAAAUUGCUAAGAAGGCAAUGUGGCUGUACCCAAAGGUUUUGGGGUUCAGUCCUCCCGAGAGAUGGGGGCACUCUGCUUGUUACUCUCAUGGGCUUGUUUAUGUUUUCGGGGUAUGGAUGUUGUGGAGGUUUGCACUUUGGUGAUGUUCUCGCACUAAAUCUCAACACAAUGGCUUGGGACACUCUUGCAACCACGGGUCUAGGGCCUGGUCCGAGGGACAGCCACAGUGCUGUUCUUGUGGGGAACAGGAUGAUAGUGUUUGGAGGUACAAAUGGUUCUAAGAAGGUAAAUGAUCUGCAUAUACUCGAUCUUGAAUCGAAAGAAUGGAUGCAGCCUGAUUGUAAAGGUGCUGCUCCUUCUCCUCGCGAAAGUCAUACUGCAACACUUGUUGGCAAAGACAAAUUAGUAAUAUUUGGGGGUAGUGGAGAAGGUGAAGCGAAUUACCUGAAUGAUUUGCACGUUCUAGACCUGAAUACAAUGAACUGGACUUCCCCAACUGUGAAAGGUGAUAUUCCCGUCCCAAGAGACAGUCACAGUGCUGUUGCCAUAAGUAACAAGCUCUUUGUGUAUGGUGGUGAUUGUGGUGAUCGGUAUCAUGGGGAUGUUGAUAUGUUUGACCUGGAUACAUUAGCCUGGUCAAGGCUGGCUGUUCAAGGGCAUUCACCAGGUGUUAGAGCAGGUCAUGCUGCUGUAAAUAUUGGCACAAAGGUGUAUGUCAUUGGAGGGGUUGGAGACAGACAUUACUACAACGAUGUUUGGAUCCUUGAUGUAAGCACUUGUUCAUGGACUUAUCUUGAUAUACGAGGCCAGCAACCUCAAGGGCGUUUCUCUCAUGCUGCUGUUGUUACAGACUCCGAUGUUGCAAUCUAUGGGGGGUGUGGGGAGGAUGAACGUCCUCUCAACGAAUUGUUGAUCCUGCAGCUUGGUGCAGAUCAUCCCAACGGGCGGUACAACAUCUCCAUGUGCAAAAAUUUUGGGAACCAUUGGAACCAAGAGAAGAGAAGGUUUCUAAGAGGAGUGGAGAACAACAUGAAACCGAUGCUUUGGGCCAGCAAUGGAAGAGUAAGCAAGGGACCUCCCGAAUCAGAGUUAGAACCGAAUCAGUCCUUCGGGGUCUUUUCAGAUUCUUCACAUCCAAAGAGGCGAAGGAGCUCCAAUUCAAAGGCACUGGAAGUUGAAUCAGAACAAGAGGAGCAUUCCCUUUCUCUUUCUCAGAAUUCAUCUCCAUCACAAUCUGAUCAGGAACAGGUGACGCCAGUACUCAAAGGCACCGAAUCUGUUGCAGGCAAUCAAGGGUUUCAUUUGUUCAAGCAACUUAAUCAGAUUCCAAGCAGUUGUCAGCCUAAUAAUGCCGCAAACAACCACAAAGAAGCCGGAGAUAUGGUCCUAAGGUGUUCACAUGAUUUACAGUUCUUGGGAGAACACCGAAACCAUCAAAAACAAGAACGAAUUCACCAGACAGUUCAUGCUAGCAGACAAGGAUCCCAGCACCAGGCAGCAGGACAUAAAACUUCUGAAACGGGUCCUGUUCAAAAUCUGAUCGGUGCUGAUGUCCGUGGUAAAGUUGACGGAGCCUUUGACUCAGGAUUCCUAAUGACAGCAACUGUUAACGGGAAGAUUUUUAGAGGAGUCUUAUUUCCACCUGGACCCGGGAUCAUCUCAAGAGCAGCAAUGGUUCCGCAAACUCCAUUUCCAACAACAAGCCAAAUUGCCAUUGCUCAACCAUUUAUGAGCUCGAAUCACAUAGACGUCUUAAAGCCUUCUCGGCAGCAAAUGCCAGUAAGGCUGUCCGUGGUAGAUGUGGGUCAGAGCCACCGGCAAGCUCAAAUCAACAGAGGUUUUCCUGUCAUUAAGGCCACCCCAACUGCAGCCAAAGAACCAAAACUGAGAAGUGAUCUUAGUGGUGUUGUUCUGACACUAGGAGGACCCGGAAGUGGCCAUAUUUGAUCACACACGCACAAAGAAAAAAAAAAAAAAAAAUUACAUUUUUAGCAUCAAGCUUUUGGCCUUUUUGAUUUUCUUGUACAUCUUUGGUUAAAAGUAUCUUCCUCCUAGUUUCUACUCAAUAAAAAUGGUAGCUUGUCUGUCGCUUUAUCUUC